AGGUAGAGCUGCCAUCUGCCGAAAUGAAUGCCGUUAAUCCAAGAUCAUAAAAACAUUUCGGAGCUUACAAAUAUUCGCAAAUAAAUCUGGAAAUCCGCUGCAGCUGCACAUUUGCAAAAUCGAAAGAUUCUGUCUACCUGUUGGCAACAUUUUAGGGAAUGGCGGCCUGGACCAACUCGAGCGAUCAGAGAUCUAACCCUACAAAUGGCGAGGAAAACUCCAUUUGCAUGUCAGUGGUCAAAAAGACAGCGUCACAAGCACUUGCCGCAACGCACUUGCCGCACCCGCAGACACCCACAUCUCUUCGGUUUCCUAAUAUACAGUAUUCGCAUCCGUAUCACCAGUAUCUGAGCCAGUUUGCGCCCACGUUUGUGCCCUACUACCACCGACUGCUCACGCGUCCGAUUGUGAAGCUAGAGGAAAUGGACAUUGAGAAUUACAUCAACUGCGAGUUGUCCUCGCAGCGCACUACAUUUAUGCGCCAAACAGUGGUGAGGCCUUUGGGCCAGCACCAGCCAAGGCUGGAGCCCAAAACGGACCAUAACACACCUCAGAAAGUGCUUGUGAAACAGAAAAAUGUGAACACAGGGAGCCCACAGGCAGCUCCCAGCCGUCGCAUUAUUAAUGCCAAACUGAUGGCCAUAGCCACAGCAAGCGGGAGCAUACGCAACAUGGAGACCGCCAUCGAGCCGCUGCCUCCCGUCGAGGACUCGUUCAGGCAGCAGGUGGCCAAAAUCCAGAAGAGCCAGCACCACUAUGAGCAGCUAUUUGGCAGGCUCACAACUAUGCUGCAGACACUGAACCAGCGCUACGACAAGGAUUGCGAAGAAGUGCCAGCUCCACCCUCAAAGCGACCGCGCCACAUAUCCAUCAGCUCGGCCGAGUCCCACCUGCAGGACACUUCCGAGCACGAGCGCGAGAACCUGGCUCCAUACCCGCAGCGAGUCCAGAAUGUCGACGGCAGCUAUGUGUACGUCCUGGGGCCAAACGGCACGAAGAUCAGUGCCCAUCAGUACGGGGAAGUCUUCUGGACAAGCGCUCCUGUGGCCACCCGCUCGCUGUUGAGUACUGUCUUCAGCAGCGACGAGUUGGCCACGCACACGCUGACGGGCAAGCCCUCGCCCGCGUUUUAUGGGCGCGAGAGACCGCCCAAACUGCAGCUGGACCAGCAAAAGGUGGACGACAUUGUGAUGUGCGUCGUGAACCGCACGGGUGGCAAGGAGCGCGUCAUACGAGCCACCAUCACCACAAAGUGUGCCGACACGGCCAAGAAGUACAAGCGACGGGCCAAGAAGGCGCUUAAAAUCAAAGAGGAAUCCUUCUAGAGUGCCCAUGGGGCACGCCUACAAUAAGCAACGAGUGGCUAGAUGUAAUCCAGUCAUAAUUCUAAGACAACACUUUCAUUGUGAGCAAAUAAAAUUAUCCAUUCAUCAGCAGAA